GAAAUAGGGGUCUGUGCGUGAGCUGUGCUCGGGUGGUGAAAGGGGUCUGCGAGCCUCGCUGGGGCUUGGCAGGCCCCUCCCCUGGGCUGCGAGGAUCCGCCCCUCUAUUCCCCAGAUAAAUUCCUAGUGUCCUCCAAAUUCCUCUGCGCUCCCUCACACUCCCAUAAGGCCACGACUCCACCGGGGUGGGGAAACAGAGCGCCGGCUUCCUUCCCGCAGAAGCCCCCGACGGUUCCUUCUCAAUACUCUGCAAAGGGGGAAGGGGUGCGAGACCCACCAGGAUCUCCAGCCCCAGCUCCGUCGGAGAGGCGACUGCUGCACACUCCACACUCAGGGGGCCCGUUGGCUCAGGGGUCUUUCUUUCUUUUUCUUUCCUCUUUCUCCCACCCCCUCUCUUCAUCUCUCUCACCCUCUCCCCUCAAACAUGUCCACCGGGUCCCUCAGCGAUGUGGAGGACCUUCAAGAAGUGGAAAUGUUGGACUGCGAUGGGCUGAAAAUGGACUCGAACAAGGAGUUUGUGACUUCCAACGAGAGCACCGAGGAGAGCUCCAACUGCGAGACCGGCUCUCCCCAGAAGGGUCGGGGCAGCCUGGGCAAGAGGAGAAAGGCGCCCACCAAGAAGAGCCCAUUGAGCGGGGUCAGCCAGGAAGGGAAGCAGGUCCAGCGCAACGCGGCCAACGCGCGGGAGCGGGCCCGGAUGCGGGUGCUGAGCAAGGCCUUCUCCAGGCUCAAGACCACCCUGCCCUGGGUGCCCCCGGACACCAAGCUCUCCAAGCUGGACACGCUCCGGCUGGCGUCCAGCUACAUCGCCCACUUGAGGCAGAUCCUGGCUAACGACAAAUAUGAGAACGGUUACAUUCACCCAGUCAACCUGACGUGGCCCUUUAUGGUGGCCGGGAAACCCGAGAGUGACCUGAAAGAAGUGGUGACCGCGAGCCGUUUAUGUGGAACCACGGCGUCCUGACCUUGGAGGUGCGAGUCUGGGAAAGGCGCGCUCCCAGCCCGAGCGGCCCGGGAGGGCGACCCCUGCCCUCCCUGCUCUCUGUCUCUGCUUCCCCGCUCGCCAUGCUCCUCUCCUUUCCCCACCCCGCAAAAACACUUUACAGCGACGAGGAGAUUCGUUUCCAAACCAGAGGAGAUCCAUUGUUACUUACAAAGAUUCCCAUCUAUUUAACUUUAUUAACUUCUACCGUGAAUGACUCUUCGAGCCUUGCUGGUCCAAGUGCAAUAUGUAAUUAUAAAUAUAUGAAUAGAUGAUAAGAGCCUAUCAAUGUGUAUCUUUUGUACAAUAUGUUGUAAAAUGUAGAUCAUAGAAUAGCUGACUUUGACAGUCACAUUUAUAAAGUAUCUCACUUAAAGAUAAAUAUUUUUUUCAAACAAGUUUUGCUACUUUCGAAAAUAAAUCUUUCUAUAUAUUGCUAAAAGCCCUGACAUUUGGUGUGAUUUUUUUAAGAAACU